AUGGAGUGUCAAGCGGCGGCUGCGGCAGUUGGCCAAGGCCAUGUUCAGCCUGCGCCUUCGGUUCGCGCUCCUAAUGCGGCGGAGGGUGUGGGUGAUGCGCCGGUUCCGGUGGCGGCGCAACCCCUACCAGUGGAUAUUCCUCCUGCGGCAUCUAGAUCUUCUACGCCCAAAGCAACAGCUGAGGAGGCGGAGCGAGAGCGUGGCUACACGGCCCUCACAAGGUUUACGAAAUUCCACCCGCCUACGUUCGACGAAGAAGUGAUUGAUCCUUGGACGGUGGAGACUUGGUUGGCCUCAAUGGAGACCCUGUUCGAGGAUAUCUAUACAGAGGAGCGGGAUAAGGUGAAUUUGGCCGCUCAUUGUUUUGAUAAGCGGGCCAGGGUGUGGUGGAAGAGAGUAAAGCAGGAUCGAUCUCCGGAUCUUCCCCCAAUCGAUUGGGAGGAGUUCCGAAGAUUGAUGUUUGCGGAGUACUUUCCCGAUAGCGACAAGAGAAAGAUGCGGGAAGACUUCAAGAAGCUUAAACAAGGCAACCGCACGGUUCGGGAGUAUGAGCGGGAGUUCACACAUCUUUUGAACUGCGCCCCGGACGUGGCGACGACGGAGCAAGACCGAGCUGAUUGCUUCGUCGAGCACGGGAACGCCUGUGAGCGUGAGGACCGUGAGGUGUAUGAGAAGGACAAAAGGAAGAAGCGACCGGGCGGUGGUUCGGGGGGACAGUCGAGUUCGAGGAGGCCCCCGAAGCAUCCGCGGACGCGGUCGUGGAAUCGUGGAGCGCAGCGGUGCAUCUUUUGUGGCGGAGACCACCGACCGAAUAUGUGUGAGCAGUGCCGAGGAAAAUGCUUUAAGUGCGGGCAAGCAGGACACAUCGCACGCGACUGUCCUCAAGGAGGGGCUUUACCUGCUCUAUCUAUUGCAUCGGCCCCGGCAAUCCCGGCUCGUUAUGCAAUGCCACCUGCUGCGGCGUCGGCUGGGCGUGCAACGGCACCACGCCAACUUGAGCCUGCACGAUCGGCUCCGAGCGGAAGGAUGUAUGCCGCUCAAGUGCAGGAAGAGGAGCCCACCGAGGCUGAGGAGCGCAACGUGGUGGCAUGUAUGAUUUUGGUUAAUGGUGUUCGAGCAAGAGCUCUCUUUGAUACUGGCGCCUCUCACUCGUUCAUUAACCGAUCGUUUGCACAAGUGCAUGAUAUUGAGAUUAGUCUCGGGGAGAGUGUUUGGCGUGUAGAGGGACCCGAACGGGCAUUCCACGUUAGGAAGCGGUGUUUGGCGUGCCCAGUACAAGUAGGUGACUGGAUUAUGCCGGUCGACCUGUUGGUACUAAAGAGGUUGAAGGAGUUCGAUGUUAUAUUGGGCAUGAACUGGCUCUCGAAGUAUUACGUGUCUAUCGACUGCAAAACCAGAGUAAUUACAUUUCGGGAGCCGGGACACAAGGAGUUUACGUAUCGAGCUUGCAAGAGUUCGUGUUUCGCCGCGACGGUGUUGGCGACAAGAGCAAGGAAGCUAGUUAACAGUGGUUGUACGGCUUACUUGGCGACCGUUGUGGAAGUCGACCGAGUGGUGCUGGCUCUAGAGGAGUUGGAAGUUGUGCGGGAGUUUCCGGAUGAUCUUCUCGACAAGGAGUUCAUUAGACCGAGCGUGUCACUGUGGGGAGCCCAGGUACUAUUUGUGCGCAAAAAGGAUGGGUCUUUCCGACUCUGCGUGGAUUACCGCGAGUUGAAUAAAGUCACCGUGAAAAACAAGUACCCAUUACCCCGCAUCGACGACUUGUUUGAUCAAUUACAGGGGUCGCGAGUGUACUCAAAGAUCGAUCUUCAAUCCAGCUACCAUCAGUUGAAGAUUAAGCCGGAGGAU